UUCAGAAAAUUACAUCAUUUUACUUUAAAACCAGGAAAAGACAACACUUAAGUCACACUAGGAGGCUAGAAGACAAGAAAGGGGGCAAGAGACAGCAAAAGUUUGCUUUUGUCUGCAAAAACGUUUUAUGUUUCUCCACAAGAGGGAGACUAAAACCUACUUAUAAAAUUGAGUGUCUCUCAAGCUGACGUUUAUUGAAUUCACUUUAAUGCAGAUGAAGUUUUUUAGAUACUUUAUGAAUGUUUUAAUACACGAAUGCACACUCAAGCUCAGUGAUUCUCCUCCGAUGACUUCGGAGCAUGUGAGAGGACAAAAGAGGAUAGAGACUUCGCAGGUAAUCUUUCUGUUUUGUUGGAAGUGGGACGUUUUAGUGGGGAGGCAGCUGAUUGGCUAAUUGUACAUGUGUUUGUUGUGAUGUCAAGCCUACAUCAUUCCUCAUUUAAACAGACAAGACAGAUUUUUAAAAAGUGAAUGACACCUGAUUAGGAGAAAAAAAUCAUAUAACUCAACACUUUGUGAUGGAAAUGACUAGAUUCACCUUAGUUAGCUAGUGCAGAACAACGAGGGAAAGGCUGGACUUUUAGUUUUGCUAGUUAGAGCUCCAAAACCAGAUGUAAACAUCACAGACCUACAUGCCACGUAUCUCUUUUGUCAUUUACUGAAUUUAAUUAUUUCCGUAUAUAAAUCUUAUCUACGAAAAACUGUAGGAAAACCACCUACAAAACCAGCACCGCGAUCCCAUACAAAGAUCCCCGAGGUCCUCGCCGGGUUGUGGGGGUGCAGACGGGACUCAGUCGGUUACCUAUUAGGGUCACAAUCGUUUGAUAGGCUAUGAUUUGACUCCUCACCGGUUGAGGGAGUUAUUCCUUUUAACGAUUCUUCCGGUCGGCAUUUUGAAAGAGAGACAGAGAGGGGAUUGGACCGUGGACCCUCCUUUUUUCCUCUUUUCUCCGGUUCUCUCGAAAAUUAAUUAGUACCCGCAACCUCAAACGUUUAACGUUGUCUGGGGAUAAUCGUAUGAAAAGGCCGGUUUGAGGGGAUGCUCCCCCCCUCUCUCCCUCCCAGCAGAGAUGCUCGCCGUGGGAAAGAUGAAAACCCCCCAGUCCCCCUGACGGGGAUUACUGCCGUUGUGCUAGCUGUUUACUCGGAGGAGCUGUUUGAACCGUGGGACGGAGAGGGAGCUAGAGACUCUUCUCCUGCUCCAGCUGCCAUCCUACCCCUCCCCCUCCUCCUCCUCCUCCUCGUCCUCCUCCUCCUCCUCCACCAGAACCACUUCUUUCUCAUCACAUCCUGAGAAUUUUGGACAUGUGAGGAAUAGGAAGAGAUUGGUGAUUUUGAGCAGCCUGUGCAUUGCCACGACCUCUUGACCUCAUCUUCAGCAUGAAUGGUGAUAUGCCUCAUGUUCCCAUCACUACUCUUGCUGGAAUUGCUAGCCUGACAGACUUGUUGAACCAGCUGCCCUUGCCUUCUCCUCUCCCUGCCACCACUGCUAAGAGUCUGCUCUACAAUGGAAGGAUCUCUGAAGAGGUCAGCAACCUGCUGGUGUGUCGGGACGAGAAUCUGGUGACUCAGCUGGCACAUAGCCUUAACCAGGUCUCCACUGAACACAUAGAGUUGAAGGACAACUUGGGGAAUGAUGAACCCGAGGGUGAUAUGCCAAUGCUUCUUCAAACCUUGCUGUCCAGACACCCCCAAAUCUUCAGGGACAAAAGUGUAAGGCAGCAGCCGAUGAUGCAACAGUAUAAGAUCUCUCAGAAUCAGGUGCAUGGGAGUCCAGCAUCAAACUAUCAGCAAACCACUGUCCCUCAAAGCCCCUCUGGAUGCUUUACAUCCCCGCAGUCUGGGUCAGGAAAUCGGUUCGUACCGCAGCAGAACAGCCCUAUACCUAGUCCCUAUACUCCUCAGAGUCCUGCUGACUAUAUGCAGUACAGUCCACCCAGUUACUCUCAACACCAGCAGACUCAGCAAGUUGCUGGUGGUCUCAGAAAUAUCCAUGACAACAAGGUCUCUGGACAGCUAUCAAGUAACCCCCCCAAUCAUAACACAAGACCAGACUCCGAUGAAGACUACAUGAACAUGGCUCACAGACUGGGAAAUGAGGAGAAUGAUCCCUCCACGAGGGCCGCCUCGUUUCCAGUUAAAUCACCACAGUCGGUGUGUUCCCCUGCUGGGAGCGAAGAGACUGCAAAAUGGUCAAGACCUCCUCUUAUCAUGCAGUCACAUCCCCCCGAUGUGCCACUGGGUGCAGCACCUGACCUGCUCCUCUCCUCUUCUGACCAUAAAAAGAAGCAUAGAGAAAGGAGCAAAGAGGAACAUGAGCAGAUGGACAAAAACACCUUGUAUGACAUUGUUAGCUCUCCACUGAAAGACUCUGCCAGGCUUACUUUAAAACUGGCCCGAGUGAGGACUUCAGACGCAGAUGAAUCUGGAGAGCCUUCUCCUAGUGCAGAUCUAGACCAUGAAACUGAUUUGAUGAAUAAUAAUAAUAAUCAGUUGUCGAGGACUGCCCAGGACUUGUCACACAAGUUAGGUUCCGAGGAGCAGGCAAACUGUCAGCAAGUUCCUGUUCAGCCAAAUAUCAAGGAGACUGGAGUCGUCAGUGGGGUUGUGUUUGAUGAUGCUGAGAUAGACGCACUUGCAGACUUUGAGAGAAUAGAACGCGAGUCAGUCAGUGAGAGAGAGCGAUGGUCUAAAGAAGUCCAGGAUAAAGAUAAGCCACUGAAGAAACGGAAGCAAGACUCAUAUCCUCAGGAACCUGGAGUUGAGGCUAACGACGGACCUGCUGUUCACGGGGGCAACACUGGCAGCAAGUUGACACCCAAGAAGACGAACGCUGCAAGUAACGGUGCCAGUCGGCCUGCUUUGAUGGUCAGUAUUGAUCUGCAGCAAGCUGGCAGAGUGAAAGGACAGCCUGUGGUGGUCUUGGAAGCACGGCAGCUGUGCGAGGACCACCUGCGGCGCCUAAAGUCAAAGACAGAUGGAAAGGUGGAUAAAAUUGUCGAGAACAGACCUAGCAUUGUCAAACAGCAUGCCGACAACUCCAGGAAGUCUGGUCCAGACGUCCAACCAGAAACCCCUAAAGAGAAACAGGAAAGCUGGCUUGAAUCUAAGCACCGAUCGAGUAGCAAGGUGCACUCAGAUGGCAGACGACCAGACAAACCACGGCAGAAACACGACAGACAUUCAGACACGCGGCACAAAGAGGAAAAGAACCACAACAGUCACAGAACCCAUGUCAGCCAACCUGAAACUCCCAAAACCAUGAACAAGGCAGAGCGCAUCUCCAGACAGGGAGAAGACAAAGGCAGGGAUAGAGAUAGGGAAAAGGACAGAGAUCGAGAUAGGGAUAAGGACAGGGAUAGAGAUAGGGUUAAGGACAGAGAUAAAGAAAAGGAUAUGGAUAAGGACAGAGAUAAAGAAAAGGAUAUGGAUAAAGACAGAGAUAAAGAAAAGGAUAUGGAUAAGGACAGAGAAAGGGACAUGGACAAAGUUAGACAUAAAGAUAGGAAUAAGGACAGAGAUAAGGAUAGGGAUAAGGAGAAAGAUAGAGAUAAAGAGAGGAAUAAGGACAGAGAGAAGGAUAGGGAUAAGGAGAAAGAUAGAGAUAAAGAGAGGAAUAAGGACAGAGAUAAGGAUAGGGAUAUGGACAAAGAUAAAGAUAAAGAGAGGAAUAAAGACAGAGAUAGGGAUAGGGAUAAGGACAAAGAUAGAGAUAAGGAGAGGAAUAAGAACAGAGAUAGAGACAGAGAGAGAGUCAGAGACAGGGAAAGGAAACACAAGAUCCUGUCAAGGGAAAACUGCAACAGACACCAACACUCUCCUGACCGGCAUACUAAACCUGAAAGCCCUAGAGUGAAACAAGACGGAAGCAGAAAAUCCACUGACCUCAAUGGUCGACAGAGGACAGACAGUUCCGGCCUUCAAACCCCCCAAAAAAAGGAAGAGAGGAAAAGUGGGGACGACCGCGUUAUCUGCCAAACCGGGUAUAAAAAGCAGCCCUUUGAGACUAAACCUAUCGAGUUCCCCGCAUACCUGCUGGGCGGAAAGUCAGGAAGUCUGAAGAACUUUGUGAUUCCUAAAUUUAAACGAGAUGGGAAAGACAAAGAUCCCCAAUGUCCAAACAAAUUGGUGGAGCAAUGGAGCGAACCCCGGGUCAGGCUGCAGAGAGUGUCACUGGUAGAGAACCUAAGCAAAGGAGCUAAGCCUGUCGUUGUGCUUAAGAAACUAAGUAUUGAUGAGGUAAAAAAGAUCAUUAAGGAAAGCAGGAAUGCACACAGCUUCAAGUCCAGGAACUGGUCUUCUUUUGACAGAUCAGGGAAAGAGACAAACAAGCGCAGGCACAGCAUGGUCAGUAAGAGACCCAAGUACACUGAGUCGGACUCAAAUGAAGAGGAUGAAGACGACUCCGACAAAGAGUACGCAAGGAAAAGGCACAAGAAAGAUCACGACAAGACAUGGAAACAGGAAGUAAGGAGAGGUUCUGGAGAGCACCGUCGAAGCGGAGGUUUUCAUAACGCUCGCCAUCACCGCCAUAAGAGCUCAGACGAUUCAGACGGAAGUUCUCCACCACCAAGCCUAAGUGAUGUUGCCAGAAAAUUGAAGAAAAAGGAAAAACAGAAAAACCGAAAGACAUACGACUCCAAGCUGACACUAGAGGAAAAGUUGGACUCUUCCACAUUUAAGAGAUUCACAGCCAGUGUGGACAACAUUCUUGAGAGCCUUGAGGAUGUGGACUUCACUGCCACAGAUGAUGAUGAGAUACCUGAAGAACUCUUGCUUGGAAAACACCAGUUGAGUGAGCUAGGCAACGACUCUGCUAAGAUUAAAGCUAUGGGCAUCUUUAACAAAUUUCCAUCUGAUAAACUGGUGAAAAUUGUGAAUAUCUUGGAGAAGAACAUUCAAGAUAGUGUCAAACUCUCCACAUUAAUGAAUCAUGGUAAUGAUUCCUUGGAUGAGGAGCGGUUGUGGCGUGACCUGAUCAUGGAGCGGGUGACAAAGUCUGCUGAUGCUUGUCUGACUGCACUCAACAUCAUGACAUCCCCAUGCAUGCCCAAGGCUGUUUACAUUGAGGAUGUGAUUGAGAGGGUGCUGCAGUACACCAAGUUUCAUCUGCAAAACUCUUUGUACCCUCAGUAUGACCCGGUCUACAGAGUGGAUCCCCAUGGAGGUGGCCUGCAUAACUCAAAGGCCAAGAGAGCGAAAUGUUCUACCCAUAAGCAGAAGGUGGUUGUCAUGCUCUACAACAAAGUGUGUGACAUUGUCAGCAACAUCUCAGAGCUCCUUGAGAUCCAGCUGCUAACUGACACCACAAUUCUUCAGGUGUCCACCCUUGGUAUUACACCGUUUUUUGUGGAGAAUGUCAGUGAACUGCAGUUGUGUGCCAUAACACUUGUGACGGCGGUGUUCUCUCGUUACGAGAAGCACAGGCAGCUCAUUCUUGAAGAGAUCUUCACCUCCCUGGCUAGACUACCUACUAGCAAACGCAGCCUCAGGAACUUUCGGCUAAACAGCAGUGAUACAGAUGGAGAGCCUUUGUAUAUUCAGAUGGUCACAGCCCUGGUUCUUCAGCUCAUCCAGUGUGUGGUACACUUCCCCUCUGAGAGGGAUGUAGAUGAUGAACGUAGUAAGAAGGUGGAUAAAGAUGUCUUCAUCACAAAUUCUUAUGAAACGGCCAUGAGGACAGCUCAGAACUUCCUAUCAGUGUUUCUCAAGAAGUGUGGCAGUAAGCAGGGAGAAGAGGACUACAGGCCUCUGUUUGAGAACUUUGUUCACGACCUGCUGUCUACAGUCAACAAGCCUGAGUGGCCUGCAGCUGAACUGCUGCUCAGUUUAUUGGGCCGGCUGUUGGUGCACCAGUUCAGUAACAAGCAGACAGAAAUGGCACUCAGGGUGGCGUCACUGGACUACCUCGGCACCGUCGCAUCUCGCCUUCGUAAAGAGGCUGUCACUAGCAACAUGGACCAAAAGGCUAUUGACCGCAUCCUCCAAGAGAGUCCAGGCAAUGAUGAGAUCCAGCAACUCCAGAAGGCCUUGCUAGACUACCUAGACGAGAACAUCGAGACAGACUCAUCUUUAGUGUUUGCCAGGAAGUUUUACAUCGCCCAGUGGUACAGGGACACAACAACUGAGGCAGAGAAGGCGGUGAAGUCUCAAAAUGAUAAAGAUGAUGAUUGGAAAGGUCAUUCCACGGAUGUUGACUCGACUGGGGAGAUUAUGUUGAGGGCAGAAGCACGAAAGAAAUUCCUCCGCAAGAUCAUCAAGACUUCACGAUCGCAUUUCAGUUCUCUGACGUCAAACUCUAACACAGUAGACUAUGAGGACUCCUGUCUGAUUGUCAGAUAUCUGGCCUCUAUGAGGCCAUUUGCACAGAGCUUUGAUAUUUAUUUAUCACAGAUUCUGAGAGUUCUUGGUGAGAGUGCUAUUGCAGUCAGAACUAAAGCCAUGAAGUGUCUGUCUGAGGUAGUGGCGGUGGAUCCAAGUAUUCUGGCACGGUUGGAUAUGCAGCGUGGGGUUCAUUGUCGCCUCAUGGACAACUCCACCAGUGUGCGAGAGGCUGCUGUGGAGCUCCUUGGCCGUUUUGUACUAAGUCGACCUCAGCUCAUUGAGCAGUACUAUGACAUGCUCAUUGAAAGGAUAUUGGACACAGGUAUUAGCGUGAGGAAGAGAGUCAUUAAGAUCCUGAGGGAUAUUUGCCUGGAGCAGCCAGACUUCCACAAGAUCACUGAGAUGUGUGUCAAGAUGAUCCGAAGGGUCAAUGAUGAGGAGGGGAUCAAGAAACUGGUGAAUGAGACAUUCCAGAAACUCUGGUUCACCCCCACACCCAGUCAUGACAAAGAUGCCAUGACCAGAAAGAUCCUGAACAUCACAGAUGUGGUGUUGGCAUGUAAAGAUUCAGGCUAUGACUGGUUUGAGCAGCUUCUCCAAAAUCUACUGAAGUCAGAAGAGAACGCUUCGUACAAACCUGCCAAGAAAGCUUGCGUUCAGUUGGUGGACAAUCUAGUGGAACACAUACUGAAAUAUGAGGAGUCUCUUGCAGACUGUGAGGACAAAGGACUCAGCUCAGGUCGUCUGGUAGCAUGUGUCACCACUCUGUACCUGUUCAGCAAGAUCAGACCACAGUUAAUGGUCAAACAUGCCAUGACUAUGCAGCCCUACUUGACCACCAAGUGCAAUACUCAAAAUGACUUCAUGGUGAUAUGUAACGUGGCCAAGAUCCUGGAGCUGGUCGUGCCUCUGAUGGAGCAACCAAGUGAGACUUUCCUCACCACCAUAGAAGAAGACCUGAUGAAGCUCAUCAUCAAAUACGGCAUGACUGUUGUACAACACUGUGUAAGCUGUCUUGGUGCUGUUGUGAACAAGGUCACACAUAACUACAAGUUUGUUUGGGCUUGUUUCAAUCGUUACUAUGGAGCUCUGGCAAAACUCAAGACCCAGCACCAAGAGGACCCCAACAGCUCCACUCUGGUAACUAACAAACCUACUCUCCUGCGCUCACUGUUCACCGUUGGGGCUCUGUGUCGACACUUUGAUUUUGACCAAGAGGAGUUCAAAGGCGCCAACAAGAUUGUCAUCAAGGACAAAGUGUUGGAGCUUCUGCUAUACUUCACCACUCAUGAAGAUGAGGAGGUCCUGAUCAAGGCCAUCAUAGGUCUAGGCUUCCAGUUCAUCAUGCACCCAGAGCUCAUGUUUGUGCAGGAUGUGAAGGUUCUGUAUAACAAUACCCUAUCAGAUGAAAACAGUUUGGUCAGUCUGAAGAUCCAGGUGCUAAAAAACCUGCAGACAUACCUGCAGGAAGAGGACUCUCGAAUGCAGGAGGCUGACCGUGAAUGGAAGAACCAAGCCAAGCAAGAGGAUCUGAAGGAAAUGGGGGACAUCUCGUCAGGCAUGAGCAGCUCCAUAAUGCAGAUUUACCUGAAGCAGGUGCUGGAGUCCUUCUUCCACACGCAGUCCACUGUUCGGCACUUUGCACUGAAUGUCAUUAUACUGACUCUCAGCCAGGGCCUCAUCCAUCCUGUACAGUGUGUGCCCUACUUGAUUGCCAUGGGAACAGACCCUGAGCCAACCAUGAAGAACAAGGCCGAUCAACAGCUGGUGGAGAUUGACAAGAAAUAUUCUGGCUUCAUCCAUAUGAAAGCCGUCGCAGGGUUGAAGAUGUCUCAUCAGGUACAACAGGCCAUAGUUGGCUCCAAAAACGCAGUAAUCCGAGGUGUUCGGCACGAAGACACAGACUCGGCCCUCUGUUCUCAUCUUUACACCAUGGUCCGUGGGAACCGACAACACAGACGGGCUUUUCUCAUUUCCCUGCUCAACCUAUUCGAUGACAGCUCUAAAACAGAGGUGAACAUGCUGCUGUUCAUAGCAGACAACUUGGCCUGCUUCCCUUUCCAGACCCAGGAGGAACCUCUUUUCAUCAUGCACCAUAUAGAUAUUACCCUGUCUGUCUCUGGUAGCAACCUGCUCCAGUCUUUCAAGGAGUCUUUACUGAAAGAGCCUGUUGAGCGUCAAAAGAAGACGAAGCCGAAAAAAAAGAAGAAGAAGAAGAAGAAGAAGAAGAAGCAGAAGCCUCAGAGGAGGAAAUACAGCUCUGAGGAUGAUGAGGAUGAGGAGGAGAGCAGUAGCGAGUCCAGCAGCAGCAGUAGCAGCAGCAGCAGUAGCAGCAGCAGCAGCAGCAGCAGCGAUGAGGAUGACGAGGUGGUCCGCAGGCGAAAAAAAACUGACUCUGACUCCGAAAUGGAAGAUGAGGAUGCAAUUAUGGACCGUCUCCCUGGAAACCCAAACCCUCUGCUGGACUUUGCCAGUGCUUCACAAGGCAUCUUGCUUCUGCUUGUGCUCAAACAACAUCUGAAGAAUCUAUACGGCUUCUCAGACAGCAAAAUCCAGAAGUACUCGCCAACAGAGUCUGCCAAAGUGUACGACAAGGCAGUGAACAGGAAAUCUAAGGUGCACUUCAACCCUCGACAGACGCUGGAUUUCCUGAAGGGUGAUCUAGCCAACAGAGAUCUCAGCUACGAGAUCAAGAGGAAUAUUGUGAAACAGUAUUUAGAUUUCAAGGUACUGAUGGAGCACUUGGAUCGUGAUGAAGAGGACGAGGAGGGCGAAGCAAGUGCCAAUGCCAGAAACAAAGCCAUUUCUUCGCUGCUGAGGGGCCCAAAACCCCAGAACCACAACCACAAUAAUCAUGCUGCUCCAGUGGAGUCAGAUGAUGAGGACAGUGAGGAUGAAGAUCCUCCUGCGCGGAAACCAAGGAAAGGCGGGGAUUCCGCAGAGGAUUCAGGUCACAUGAAUGAGAAGGUGGAGGCCAUGGAUGUCAUUGCCAUCUGCCGUCCCAAAUACAAAGACAGACCACAGAUUGCCAGGGUCAUCCAGAAGACCAAAAGUGGCUACAGUAUACACUGGAUGUCUGGAACUUACUCUGGGCCCUGGGCUGAAGCAAAGAAACGGGAUGGUCGCAAAAAGGUGCCUUGGGUUGACACGAUCAAGGAGUCAGACAUUAUUUACAAGAAAAUCUCCUUGACAAGUGGACACAAGCUUACAAAUAAAGUGGCACAGACGUUACGGGCGCUAUACGCCGCCAAGGAGGGGACUAAGAGUUAAUCAACUGACAGACAGAAACCCUUCACAGCCAAACCAAUGUGGAUCCAGUAUGUUACAAACAGAGAGAAGACAAAACCUCUUUAUAUUUAAGGACGCGAUAGAGGAAAAGUACCGUGAACACUGAUCUGUUCGAAACAUGGGCAUGUUUAAGUUAAACACAAGAAAAACACAAGAAGGAAAUGUUUGGGAAAACAUUGUGUGGGAGUUCCUUCGCUGUUGUGCAGCAACUCGGUUGUUUGAUUUUUACUCCCACUGUAUCAUAGUUUAACUAAACACAUGUUUAUAUCUGAACAUAAUUCUGUAAAAAAAAAAGAAUAAAGUGAAUGUUGGAAAUUAGUGUAUUGAUGAUGUUCUUAAUAAAGUGUUUUUGGAGUUUAAA